ACUGCCUGAGUGUACGAGGUGUAAUAUUCAUCUCUUCAGCUUAUUAUUCUCAGUUGACUGUGGGAGCUCCCAGCAACAAAGGAAAAUUUCUAUCUCUGUUACGACCAGACAUAGACAAUAAAGAUGCAUCAGCCUUCGAUGUGUGUCUUCAACCGACGACGAUAAUUAUCGUUUCUGCUGUGAAAAACUUCACAUACACGGACUAUGUAAAUCCGUGAAAUAUGUCAUCUGCUUUUGUGUGUGAGAUUUACCUUUCAACGUCUCCUAAUUAAAACUGUCGAAAAAAAUGAAACCAAAUAGGAUUUUUGCUAAUGUCUUCUUCCUCAUGAACUUCAUCUUUGGAUUUGUCUACCGUGCGCACGCACACCGGAAACAGCCGGCUGUUGUGACUGCAAUUGAUGGUCACUGACGAUGUUGACUCUGCAUGUCCUCAUUAGUUAUAUUUUCUGACAGUUAUAAGCCUCUGAGAUUAAUCGGACCUCAACUCAUGUUCAAAUGUGGUCGUUCAAUAACCGCACAAGCUGUGAAUGGUGUUAGCAGGAUAAAACUGCAUUGAUCAAGUCCUUUCUUGUCACUAAUGCUGUCACAUCUGGUGGCUAAUACGACUUUAUUGCCGAGAUCACAUCUAGAUAAGUUAAAGAAAAGUUUUCACAAUGAUUCAUCAUGCUGACUUGUGUUAAAGAAUCACAGUAUGGUGCCGGAAAACUCAACAAGCAGAAAAUCUGCUCAUGCCUAUCUGUGAAGUAAUUUUGAAAGCAGUGUUGUGAACAAAGAAUACAUUAUCUAGAAAGACCCACUAUAUUGCUAAAUCUACCAGUCUGGUUUUCCUGACAUUCUUAUCACCAUCCAUUAGUUCUUGUCUUCAGAGCCAGCAAGCUUUCAUUGUUUCUGAUUCUCGUCAAAGUGCAGUCUGGCUGUCAGUGUCAGCAAUGUCUCAUGAUAUCCCACCAUGGAAUCCAUUGCAGUUUGUCAUGAUCUGCAUGUUUACAACAUUCAGCACUUUCUUCUUGCCACCAGAAAGUGGUCUGUCUUUGGUGGCAGUUUUUGUCUCUUUGCUAAUCCUUUGCAUCCCAGCUCUGUUUGUCCAACUGAAGAUCGGAGGAUACCUACAAAAAGGAAUUGUGGGGUCCUUUUCCAUGUUUUUCCCGAUAUGGAAAGGUGUGGGCAUAGCUGCAUUGCUGGACCUUCUCUUGCGCAUAUCGUCCUUGGCACCAGUAGUGGCUCAGAUUGGCACCUAUGCAUUCAUUGCCAUUUCUGACCACCCUUUUGUAUGGGGCUACUGCAAUGAGCUAAAGAUACCAACAGCUGCUGAGUGCAUAGAUGACAACCAACCACAAAGCAUGCCAGUCUUUCGAGAGGGUGCAUAUAGAGUAGAGCAGCUCUUCUAUGAAUAUGAGUUUCUGCAGAAGUCACCAGGUCCGAGUCACAUAAAUGGCUUUCCCCAGUGGCAUUUUACAGAAAUUGCUCGUAAAGCAGAAGUAUCAUUAAUGCCAGUGACACUGGCCAUUGUUUGGGUUAUGGUCUUUCUCUUGGUUGGCUUUGGUGGACGUGUCUGUGGAUGGAUUUUGUUUUUACUUGGACCUGCAGCAUUGUCCUGUCUCCUGGCAGUGACCGGUUAUGGCUAUGCUCAUUUGAAUAUGGAUGAUACUCUGGCAUUUCUUCAGAAGCACUAUCGUGUCAGUUUUGAUGACAGUAAUCAAGUCCUUGAGAACUGGACAAAAGGCUUCCAGCUUGUGAUGUACAGCAUCCCAGCAUGGUCAGCCAUUGCAGCCACCAUGGGAAAGAUGUGUGGCCGUGGUCGCAAAAUCAGAAACAUAGGCUGGCUUCUGCUCGUGAUGGUGUAUGCUCUUAUCAGUCAGCUUCCACCCAUAGCUAUGGCCCCUUACAUUUCUAACAUGCUGAAAAAAAAUGCAUAUGUUUCAUAUUCUGUAGGUCCUGGUCUCAUAUUGUGGCAGAUGCCAGCAGCAUUCACUGCCUUGAAUAUACCUUCAGCCUAUGCUUUCAUCUUCUUCCUGUCAGCCUUUCUUUUCUCUCUUAUGUUUCUGUGUGUGGGCUGUCUGACUAUCGUGGACAAUGUUGUGGAGGCACUGGCCGGAUGGAUUGAGCGCAAGGCCUGCAGCAAAGUGGCUGUUCAUCUGCUAAUUACAUUUAUUGUCAUGUGUGUGGCCAAGGCACUGGGAAUCAUUCACACAACUCGGGCUGGCUAUUACUACUCUAUGCUGUUUGACAGCUCUAUGUACCAGCUCCGCUUCAUCAUCAUCAUGCUUAUGGCCCUUGGUUUUCUUGUAGUAUAUGUGAAGCAAAAUUUUGCACUGCUAGAACGAGUUCUCAUGGCCUUCUGGUUUGGCUCAUCGGCUCUCACUUGUGCAAGUUUAUGGUUCUACACCUUCAUAAAUGAUUACGAUCGCCUCUUCAUACACACAAGUGACAAGAACACAACAUUUUCAGCAGAGUGGGAUGUCUUACGAUGGGUUAUUGCAGCAUUCCCAUUCAUUGGUAUUCCCAUCGGAGCACUUCAUGCCUGCUUUGUGGCAUGUGGAGAAGGAUCACCAGUGUGUGUCAAGCUGUGGUGUGGCAUCACAGAACGAGUAAGGGAGCAUAACUUUGACCAGCUGCCUCCUCCACCACCACCAGAACCAACAGCACCCCCGUACAUGUACACCUACAUGGACAGUGCUUAUCCCCUUGAUGAUGUCACUUACAAGAUGGAAUAUGAUCCUCCAGAAACUGCCAUUACGUCCACACAACAGCUCUACACGUAUCUGAAGCUAGAAAACUGUCAAGCCAGCAUCUGACAGCAGUUAAUAUGAUUCUGUUUUCAUACAAAUGGGAAGCUAGCUGAUAUUCCAACUGGAGAAAUAUGUGUAUAAGUUUCAUCAUUGUAAAUUGUCAGUUCAUUUUCAAGACAUUGUACAGAUUGUACAAAAGCUCUGUGCAAGAUGUCAAGUGCAGAG